CGACAUGGAAUCUCGGGGGACUCAAUCCUGAAUUUUAUCUGACGGGUGUUGAUUAUGCGAGUGUGUCUGGAAGUAUAUUCCUAAAAUCUGACCCAAAAUUUGAAUAUAAAAUCAUGGAUAAAAAUUUUGGCUCCGUAUACCAGUUAUUUUUUCCUCAAGAUUUUUUUGGCAAACGAGUUCAAUUAACAGGUUUCGUGAAAUCCAGCAAUGUUACAAGCACGGCUGGUAUGUUUUUACAACUUUAUAGAACAACAAAUUACACAAUUGAUUCUAUGCUUGACCGACCUAUAAAAGGUAGUGUUGGUUGGCAAAAAGUUAAAUGUGUUUUAGAUGUUCCUCAAGAUACACUCGGCAUUGCCUUUGGUAGUUAUCUAUAUGGUACAGGAGAAAUCUGGAUCUGUGGAUUUGAAUUCGACAUUGUGGAUUUAGUAGUUUUAAAUACUAGUAGUACUAUUUAUCCUGGCAAAUUUUCUAAUUUCACUGGAUUAUUAAAUUAUCCAACUAAUCUCUUUGAGCUAACACCUGUUGCAACCGAUAACGUUACCCAU